GACAUGAUCUUCCUGUUGGGUAACCUCCCACGAACACCACCCACUCUGUUGAACUUCCUCACUCAUUCUUCUUCCGGCCAAUCGUCACAGAUCCGUCAAUGGGGAUCCUUUCCAACGUUCACCUUCCCAUGCUCCUCCUCAUCUGCAUAGGCAACGUGGCCUCGGGGGCGGUCUUCACCCUCCAGAACCAAUGUGCAUACACAGUGUGGCCAGGGACUCUGUCGGGGAACGGAGCGGCUCCCCUCGGGAAUGGUGGAUUCGAGCUGCAACCGGGAGGUUCGGUACAGUUAACUUCCCUGCCGGGGUGGUCGGGCCGGUUCUGGGGCAGGACUGACUGCUCAUUCGACCCUGCCUCCGGAGCCGGGAAGUGUGCAACGGGGGACUGCGGCGGGCUCAAGUGCCCUGGUGGCGGGGAGCCGCCCGUCACCCUCGUUGAGUUCACGCUCGCAUCCUCCUCCACCGGGAAGGACUUCUACGACGUCAGCCUCGUGGACGGGUACAACAUCGGGAUGAGCGUGAAGCCCACUAAAGGGGUUGGGGACUGCCAGGUCGCGGGGUGCCAGAACGACCUUAACAAGAACUGCCCGCCCGAGCUGAGGGUGGUGGACGGGCCAACAGGUAGGGUGGUGGCGUGCAAGAGCGCGUGCGAGGCCUUCAACACCCCCGAGUUCUGCUGCACCGGGGUCCACGGGACCCCUCAGACCUGCCAGCCCACCCAGUACUCAGCCAUAUUCAAGAAUGCUUGCCCGACCGCCUAUAGCUACGCCUACGACGACGCCACCAGCACCUGCACCUGCUCUGGAACCGACUACAUCAUCACGUUCUGCCCCUCCAGUUCGUGAAAUCCCGGCUGUCAUCACCUGAUGACCCCGCGAUAGAAUCGAUCUGAAAGAAUGGAUCUUAGUUAGAUUUGGAAAGAGAUACAAUUGGAUUUUUCGUUUUCAUCGGUAUAGGAUUGGUGGGAUAUGUGACUGGGCGUAAUUGGAUUCUCCAUCUCUGAUGUUUUCUAUUAAUUAAUGAAUUAUUAUUAUUAUUUUUAUUAA